UAUUACACAGAAAAGAGGAGAAAGAGGAGAGGAGUUAAUGGUGGGUAAGGGCUCUGCUGAGUUUAGGAGUUAGGCACUCUUUUCAAUGUAGCUGCUUGUUUAAGUGUUGUGAAGUUGUCUGGGUUUAUGGAUUCGCUGACUGUGGAAAAUGCACUUCUCUAUAGUGGUCCUUGUCCUGACUAAGGCUCUGGUCACAGAAGUAUGUCAUGCCCUGAAUGUGACUGUGACUCCUGGGCCUGUUGUCAUGGCAACAGAGAAAGACAACUUGACGCUCUCCUGCCUGGUAUCACAGAGGAAGAGGAGCACCAGUGUCCUCAUCCUUCGCUGGUUCUUUUCUCCUCUUGCUGCUCCCACUCUUGUGCCACCACCUCCUCCUCCGUCCCCCUCCCCUCCUUCACCUGGACCGUCUCAGGUACUGAUAGUGAAGUUGGGCAUAAAGAAAAUGAAGCUGUAUGGGAACUACACUCGCCAAUUCAAUCAGCCAAAGUUCCGUCUGUAUGAGGAAGUGGAGGGAGAGGUGUACAGGUUGCGGAUCCUGAAUCUGACUGGGCCGGAUCAGGGUUUUUACACCUGCAGAGUCCAAGAGAUUCACAAACACAGAAACACGUGGAGAGCAUCGUCCAAUGGUACCAGCACUACACAGCUUACAGUUCAUCUCAGUCUUGAGGAUCCUACAAGUGAAGGACUCUGGCGUUUAUUUGCAGAUGUGUAUUUGUGCGCUGUGCUGAUUUGCUCGCUGGGCCUCCUCUCCAUUUUCCUGUUCACUCUGGUUCUUAUAUGCCAGUAUUUUUACAGGCAGCACAGACUCAAAGCAAGUUACCUACUCGUCAAGUGUCCAGAGAGCAGUUCAGGAGAGACUGUAACAAGCUCCAGCAGCUCUUCCAGUUCAUCCCCUCGAGCCCAAAGGAAAGAUACAAGACAGAAACCUGUCAGAGUCAUUACAGUAACGCCACCUAAACCACCAGAGGAGCCACCACCUCACAUACCAGCCAAAGUGCCUGUUCCUGCAAAGAGACCUCAGAAGCCCAGACGGUUAAAGAAGAGUUCUCCUCGAGUCAUACAGGACGACAGUCUGACAUAUGCAGAACUGGAGCUGGUCAGAGCGCGUCCACAGCCCCCAGCCUCCUCCACUCCUAACCCCACACCCUCCAGCCCUGACACUGUGUACGCUCAGAUCCUCUUCCUGGAGAAACAGCUGUAAACACAGCAGCCGUGGACAUAUGUCAAGGUUUCUUCUCCAGAGUAAACUUGGUGGCAUUCAGAGGAAUAUAUUUAUGAACUUUCAGUAUGGUAUUUAGCAUUUGUUUUUUGGCUGUAAGUAUAACACAACUGUUGGUGAAUGAAGGUUUUUGUGUUUCCUCGGCGCGGUUCCAUCCCAGCACAGCAGUUUUUUGGGUCUUAUAAUUCUGUUGUUUUGUUUGUUGGCAUCGCUGGCCUGUGAGCCAGAUGUUAUAAGAAUGCUCUUAAUGUUAACUAUUCUGUAUAAACUCAGGAGACUGUGUGGAAAGAAACAGGCGUACCAGGCUCUCUUACUGCGGUUUCAAAAGGCAUUGUAACUCAUUUCAACUGCAUUUAUAAUUACAGUACUAAUACAACAAAUUAAUAAACAUAUGCCUGGACCUAA